CCUCUCUCAGAUCGCCACUUCCAUUCACCACCACCACCACCUCCUCCUCCUCCUCCUCCGUCGUCUUCAGAUGUCGAAGCCGUCGUCGUCGUCGUCGUCCGCCUCCGCCACGACGCCUCCGGCGGCGGCGGCGUCGUCGGCGUCCAUCAAGCCCGGGGACUACGCGCACAGCCCAUUCCACUACGCGGUCGCCCUCGGGGACCACAAGACCCUCUCCCGCCUCCUCUCCACCCUCCCCCGCCUCUCCGACCCGGGGCUCGUCCACUCCGAGCCCGAGUCCCUCGCCCAGGAGUCCCUCGCCGACCGCAUCUCCUCCGCCGUCGACCGCCGCGACGUCCCCCUCCGCGAGACCCCGCUCCACCUCGCCGUCCGCCUCUCCGACGCCGCCGCCGCCCGCUCCCUCGCCAACGCCGGCGCCGACGCGUCGCUCCAGAACGCCGCGGGGUGGAACCCGCUCCAGGAGGCGCUGUGCCGGCGGAACGCCGAGAUCGCGUCCGUCCUGCUCGAGCACCACCACCGCUCCGCCUGGUGCAAGUGGCGCCGCCGGCUCCCGCGGGUGAUCGCCGUGCUCCGCCGCAUGCGCGACUUCUACAUGGAGAUCUCGUUCCAUUUCGAGAGCUCCGUCAUCCCGUUCGUCGGGAAGAUCGCCCCCUCCGACACGUACCGGAUCUGGAAGCGCGACGGGAACCUCCGGGCCGACACCUCCCUCGCCGGCUUCGACGGCCUGAAGAUCCAGCGCGCCGAUCAGAGCUUCCUUUUCCUCGGGGAAGGGGACCAGAGCCACGGCGUCCCCGAGGGCUCGCUCCUGGUCCUCAACCACGACAACCGGAAGAUCUUCAACGCGUUCGAGAAUGCCGGAGCUCCCAUGAGCGACUCGGACAUCGCCGGGUUCUGUUCCCAGACGAGCGUGUACCGUCCGGGCAUGGACGUCACCAAAGCUGAGCUCGUCAGCAGAACUAACUGGAGAAGACAAGACAAGACCGAGUCCGUCGGCGAAUGGAAGGCCAGGGUUUACGAAGUCCACAACGUAGUGUUCAGCUUCCGAUCACGCAAGGUCACCUCGUCGGAGAACGACGUCGCCGGCAGCGAGCAGGUAUUGCCGCUUGAGCUCGACGAGGACGACGAUGGCUUCCUAGUCGCCGAGAAUCCCCAGUUCAUGUUCUCGAACAGUAGCAAUAACAGUAGCGACAGACGGAGGCACAGUAGUUUCGUGAGGGAGGAGAGGGAAUGGGUGCACGUGGGGCGGAAGAGCGUGGACGUGGUGCCCUUCUCCGCGGCGGCGGCGGCCCCGCCGCACAGGAGGGCCGCGAUCGCGGUGGCGCCGACCCCGCAGACCAAGGAGAAGGAGUACGUGAAGAGCCUGCGGCCCUCGGUCUGGCUGACCGAGCAGUUCCCGCUGAAGACGGAGGAGCUGCUGCCGUUGCUCGACAUAUUGGCCAACAAAGUGAAGGCCGUCCGGAGGAUGCGGGAGCUGCUCACGACGAAGUUCCCGACGGGCACUUUUCCGGUGAAGCUUUUGUGGGGUCCUCAUCGGUCGGGUAACGUGAGGUGGGAGUUUUACCCUAUUGGCACUCCUACGCCGGGACCGAUGGCUCAAACUUGGGUAGCAAUUCCGGUGGUCCCUACGGUGAGGGUGGUGAUUACAUUCACAAAGUUCGUCGAGCUCCAACCGACCGAACGGUUCUACACGCCGCUCUCGAGCCCUAGGCACCUCCUUAAUGGCGGAUCAAGAAGCGGGCCCGAGGAGGACCAGAAAUCGGACGGCCCCUUCUGGUCCUGGCCAUCGUCGUCGUCGUCGUCGUCAUCAACGUCGUGGCUCCGGCGGAGUAGCAGCCGGUCGGUGGGAUCGAGCAAGGAGCAGUCCCGGUGUCCUGCUCAGCAGCCCGAUCCUUUUGUAAUACCUAGCGGAUAUACGUGGAGUAGCAUCGAUGAUAAAUCGCAUAAGAUGAAGAAAUCCAAGUCAGUCAGAAAAUCUAAGUCGUAGGUCUAAUGGAUUUAUUUAUUUUUUCUCUAUUUUUUUUUGGUUUUAGCUUAAAAGGAAAAGGAAACAAGAUGGGCAGGCAAGAAAAACGAAGAAAGUUGAGCCUUUGUACUCUUUAAAGCUGGAAAGGAGGAAAAAGAAAAGUAAGAAACAGAGCCAAAAUCAUAAAUGCAAUGGUGGUUCAAACUUGCC